AUGGUUGGUACGAAGAACAACCACAACGAGCAGGAAUCGAACGGCUCUGAUCAAAAUCAAAACACGAAGUUACGUUCUGAUGAUGUUGAUGAGACCAUGUGCGAUGCCGGGGACAAUGCCGAUGUCGCCGAUGACAUAACCAGCGCCGACUACUACUUCGACUCUUACUCACAUUUUGGUAUUCAUGAAGAAAUGCUAAAGGAUGUAGUGAGGACAAAGAGUUAUCGGGAUGUUAUUUACAAGAACACGUUUCUUAUCAAGGACAAAAUCGUUCUUGAUGUAGGAGCUGGAACAGGGAUCUUGUCUCUGUUCUGUGCCAAAGCAGGAGCUGCUCACGUUUACGCAGUCGAAUGUUCUCAAAUGGCUGACACAGCGAAGGAGAUUGUCAAGUCUAAUGGAUUUUCAGAUGUUAUAACGGUUUUGAAAGGGAAGGUUGAGGAAAUCGAGCUUCCAGUUCCUAAAGUGGAUGUGAUUAUCUCAGAGUGGAUGGGUUACUUUUUGGUUUAUGAAAAUAUGCUCGACACCGUCUUGUAUGCUCGCAACAAGUGGCUUGUUGAUGGUGGAGUUGUUCUACCGGAUAAAGCUUCUCUGUAUCUUACAGCCAUAGAGGAUGCUCAUUACAAAGAAGACAAAGUUGAAUUUUGGAACGACGUGUAUGGGUUUGACAUGUCAUGCAUCAAGAGAAGAGCAAUCACGGAGCCUCUUGUUGACACGGUGGAUGGAAACCAAAUCGUGACUGAUAGCAAGUUACUGAAGACCAUGGAUAUCUCGAAGAUGGCUUCUGGAGAUGCUUCCUUUACAUCUCCAUUUAAGCUUGUCGCAAAAAGGAAUGACCAGAUCCAUGCCCUUGUAGCCUACUUUGACGUAUCAUUCACCAUGUGCCACAAGAUGAUUGGUUUCUCAACAGGACCAAAAUCUAGGGCUACGCACUGGAAACAAACAGUGCUGUACCUUGAAGAUGUGUUAACCAUAUGCGAGGGUGAAAUGCUCACAGGAAGCAUGACCAUUGCGCCUAACAAGAAGAAUCCUAGAGAUGUCGACAUAAAGCUCAGUUAUUCAUUGAAUGGCCAGCAUUGCAAGAUCUCAAGGACCCAACUCUACAAAAUGCGGUAAAAGCUAUCUCAAAGGAAGCAGCAGAGCCAAAAUGCGGUAAAAGCUAUCUCAAAGGAAGCAGCAGAGCCAAUCUCCCACGAGUCUCAUUCGUCAUCUUGAGGCUGAGAAAGACAAUGCUCAUUUGUAAUUCUAUUGUUUCCUUUUUUGGCAGUGUUGCAGAACAGAAAAACAGAAAUUUCCCUCCUUGAUUCUAUAAAAAAGCCUCUCUCUUUCUCUCUCUCUCUCUCUCUCUCUCUCUCUCUGUUCCUGUAAACUAGACGUGGAAAUGGACAUAGUGGAGAAAAACAUUAAACUAGAACAAACAAUUAUAUCUGCAUAAAC